UAAUAAACUAGUAAUAAUAUUGCUUCGCGGCGCAGAAAUGAAGACGCUUAAAAAAAUUGUGCUUUUAUUAUUGGCAACCACAAAUUUUGCAUUACAAGAAGAAACAAAAUGUGUACAAAUAACUAUCGACGGAGUUAAUUAUGUACAAGAAUUACUUAAAGACAACGUUGACAAACCAUACAACCUAGUUAUAGACAAAGAAAAAGACAUAGUGUACUUUAGUUAUGGCGUUGAUAUAGAAAAGGACGAAUUUAAUGCAGCCUAUAUCAAUUUAGUUACGAAAGACUUCGCUACAAUCGCUGGAGUAAAUAACGGAUUUACACAAGCAGUAAAUAAGAAAACCCACGAAGUCUACAUAGGUGGUAGAGAUGGUAUUUACAAGUAUAAGGUAGGAGGAAAAGCUGAGUUAAUAGCAGAGAAAGGUACGAAUAUAUGGUACGUAUAUUUCGAUGAUAUACUAUAUUUCUCGACGUUUCCAUCUCAAUUUUUAUACACGUAUGAUGGAGAGGUAAAAAGAUUUUCAGAACUGGAGAAUACAAAUGUAGAUCUUUUUGUAUUAGAUGGUGAAGAUAUAUAUUUUGUUAAUCGCGAAGGCCUAAAGAAAAAAGCUAAAGAUGACGACAUUGAAUUAAUUGAGGAGUUUGCUGAGAACUACCCAAGGUGUUUAAUAGAGAAUGAUGGUGAAAUCUAUCUUUGUAUCAAAGAUAGUGUGUACAAAUUGAAAAAGCAAGAACAAACUUUAGAGAAGCUAUUCAAUAUAACAGAUAAUAUGUAUGGUCUAGCUAUAGACGAUGAUGAUAAUAUUAUUUAUAGUGAUAGUUCUAAUGUGUAUCGUCUUAAUAAGGAUAAGGCUUGUUAAGAAUAAGUGGGUAAUGGAAUUCUUGAAAAAAUCUGGAAUAUAGGAUAUCCUUGUUUACCCAGUUAGACGUUAGGUCAUUGGUCUUAUAAUGAGGUUGGCACUCCUGAAUAUAAGCCAGGUGGGCUGAAUAAAAUUACAUAGUGUUUAGUUAAGAUUACAAUAAAUUGAUUAAAAAUUAA